ACUCUGCUGCAAAUUGGCGUGCAUGCACAUCAGAUAGUAUUGAAGUUACACAUUCUGUUACAUUUCCCGUCGCUACAAAUAACAAAAGGUUAUACCAAAGUGAUGAGAAAAUUAAAUAGAAAAAAAAUCGAACGGUCCACUUGUCAUCCCCCUUCCCCCCACGGCCUAUCUCUUGCCCGCUGUGGCGUUGACAGAACUGGGGCUAGCGCUGGCUGGGCCAGGUGGCUCCCAGGCAGCAUCAGUAGCGUUGGCCCUAGUGACCUUGUCUGCUUGCUUCACUCAACUGACAGGUUCUCCGCUUCACUACGGGUUGACACAAGAAACUAAGCCCAACGGCUCUCCCUCUUUGGAAUCGACCUCGUAUAUUUCCAGUGGACCGCAGUGUAAGCCAUUGCCCAGCUUUCUCGUCGCAAACACCGCUACUGUACGUAUUCGCUGGCUCGCUCUUGUAUGUCCUGCCAUCUCGUUCACGGCUGUCCGAGAUGGUGGUGGCGCCAAAAAAAACCCUUUUCCUUCCAGCCAGCCAGACGACACUAAACCCGAGACUGCUUACCUGAAAAAACAGUACCCAGCCAGCCAAAAAUACGCCACAGAUCUGCACAAGAAGGAGGAAAACCACCCGAAAAACAAGCUACUUUUCAACCUUGUUCUGCAUCCAACGCACUAGCGCUUCUGCCCAUGUGGCCCUAACCCAGCGCGUCACACUCGCCGCAACGCUCCGGAUAGACGGCUGUCAAAUUGAACAGGUACGUCGCAGUUUUGUUGUUGACAGGCAAUGGAUAUCUAUCUAUCUAAAAGAGAGGGGCUCUUUUUUUCGCCCGCUUGCUAUCUCUCGGCGCGUCACAUAAGCCGGCGGCGGGGUCUGCCUGGGGGUCGUCCUUCCGUCGUUGGGGGCUUGCCAAACCACACAAGCAAAAAAUUUUGCAUUCAUCUCGCAUCAGAAUACUGCUUCGAAUGCGCCAAGGAAAUAGUAGACAUUUCGCGCCUAAAAGCCGUUAUUGCGGCCUUUUCCCCAACAACAGAUUAGCCACACCUUGAAAUAUCGUUCUCGGCGAGUCUUCCUGUUGGAGCACCGCCCCCAGCACGACGCAAACUCCAGGCAGGCUCUCGGAACCUUCCCUUCUCCAAGAUUACGGCUGCAAUAGAUAUCCACCUAGGAGGUCCGUCCGAAUGACCCCAUGGCGCGGUACCCUCGCGGAUUCGCCGGCCAGCGUGCGGGGCGACGAGACUUGGGGAAGAAGCCAGCACCGAAAAGAGGCAUAGCGUCGUCCUUCUCCAGCUUCGCUUCCCCCCAAAAGAGGGUUCGCGCAAGUGGAGAAAGGCGUUGGCAGGCCCUGCGUACUGUAGAAGCGCACAAUGCCCAUGACUCCGCUGAGUUGUUGGUGGUCUGGGCCCUUGCCGCCACGCUUUCCCCAUCCGUUCACACCAUGUUGUACAGUGAGGCUGUAUCCUGCUCCCAGCCCGAGCCUACAUAAACGAGUCAGCACCCCCAAUGUCCUUUGCCUCCCCCAAUUCCUUAAGAUAGUCGCGUGUCCCUAUUCUUCUCUUGGAACUGCUUAGAUCUCGCAGCAAAAACUCCUCCUUUUGUUCCCGAGACUACGCAAGCUUGUCCUGCACUUGCACUUACAAGCCAGCUUUCCUGCCUGUUGGCCGCAAACAACUACCACACCACCACCUCUUUUUCCUUGGGCAACCCUCAAUCUGCCGCCCAAGAUGAAUGACAAAACUAUAUUCGAUGCCGAGCCCGGGCACAAUGAAAAGGCCGUUCGCAUUGAGACGGCCGACGACUACCCAGGUGGCCAUAUCCGUGGCCUAGAGACUUCAGACGAGACCAGGCUGCACCGUGGUCUCAAGGCUCGUCACAUUACCAUGAUUGCCAUCGGUGGUGCUCUUGGUACCGGUCUGAUUGUGGGCACUGGCAAGGCUCUUGCUAGUGCUGGCCCUGGCUCACUCUUCAUCUCCUACUCCUUCAUCGGCUGCCUCGUCUUUAUGGUCAUGGCCGCGCUCGGUGAAAUGGCUGCUUGGAUCCCUCUCAGCUCUGGUUUCACCGGCUACGCCACCCGCUACUGCCACCCCUCGCUUGGAUUUGCCCUCGGCUGGUCCUACCUCUGCAAGUACCUCGUCCUCGUCCCUAACCAGCUUACUGCCGCUGCACUAGUGAUCCAGUUCUGGGAUCCCCAACAAAAGAUCAACCCCGGUGUCUGGAUCGCCAUCUUCCUUGUUCUUAUCAUCUCAAUCAACUACUUUGGAGGCAUUGGCUUCUUUGGCGAAUUCGAGUUCUGGCUCUCUUCGUUCAAGGUCAUCAUCAUGGUUGGCAUCAUCCUCUUCGCUCUCGUUAUUGCCUGUGGUGGUGGCCCCGACCAUGAUGCCCGCGGAUUCAGAUACUGGAGCAACCCCGGCGCCUUUGCGUCACCAUCUUACAGCAGUGGCUCUCUCGGCAAGUUCCUCGGCUUCUGGUCAGUCAUGGUCAACGCUACCUUUGCUUUCCUCGGUACCGAGUUGGUUGGUGUCACUGCUGGUGAAGCUCAGAACCCCCGCAAGAGUAUCCCCAAGGCUAUCCGACUCACCUUCUACCGUAUUCUGGUCUUCUACAUCCUCAGUGUGUUGUUUGUUGGCAUGAUUGUUCCUUACAACUCCAAGGCUCUGCUUGACGCUGUCAAGGCCGGUAGCAAGGGUGCUUCCGCCGCCGCCAGUCCCUUUGUCGCCGCUGCAACCGUUGCUGGCAUCAACACCCUGCCCAGUAUCAUCAACGUGUGCAUUCUCAUCUUUGUCUUCUCAGCCUCCAACUCCGAUCUCUACAUUGCCAGCCGUACCCUCUACGGUCUCGCUUCUGACGAGUCUGCGCCCCGCAUCUUCCGACGCACCGACAGCCGCGGCGUCCCCAUUUACGCCCUUGCCGUGGCUUCUCUCUUUGCCUGCCUCUCUUUCAUGAACGUUUCGAGCAACUCCAAGGUCGUCUUUGGCUACUUUGUCAACUUGACCACCAUUUUCGGCCUGCUGACCUGGAUUUCCAUCCUCGUUACCUACAUCUUCUUCCUCCGUGCCCGCCGCGCCCAGAAUAUCCCCGACAGUGCUAUGCCUUACACUGCUCCUCAGGGCAUCAUUGGCACUGCCAUUGCUUUGUUCUUCUGCUGCCUGAUUGCCUUAACUAAGAACUUUGAUGUGUUUAUUCACACACCUGAAAGAAAGUUUGCAUACACAGACUUCAUCACUGGUUACAUUGGUAUUCCCGUGUACUUGAUUUGGAUCUUUGGCCACAUGUUCUUCACCAAGAGCCGCGGCGUCAAGCCUCACGAGGCCGACUUCUACACCGGCAAGAGCAUCAUCGAUGCGGAAGAGAACGAAUACCUCGAGCAGCUCAAGCUCGACCGCAUCCAGAGCACUGGUGCGCGCAAGUUCUAUCACCGCUACAUUUCUUGGUUGUUCUAAGCGUGCGCUUGGCCCAACACUCUUUUUCGCAUGGUCCAGGUAUCCUGUUAUUUUUGCCAGCUUUUAGUUAUUUUCUCUCUACGAAGGAUGGGCACGUACAUCGGCCGCCCUUUACGUAUUUUAGUUACCGAAUGAUAUCCACGAUGUAUACCCUCAGCGUUUUAACUCUACUCCUAAAAUGUGGUCCAAAUAAACUAUCGUGCAGAAGUCUAUGCAGUGCCGUUGCCAUGUAUGCCAAGCUAACGUAUAGAGCACAGGCCAACCAACCCAUAGAGGUACAGGCGCCGUCCUUAUCAAAGAUAUGUGGUGGGUUGCAGGAGUCGGUGGAUAAUCAACCUAGCAAUCUGACACGAAACUGAGUAAUGCUUAUCAGCACAGAACGUGAGCGACAAACAGAAAAGUGUUUGGAAGUGUAGAGUGAGUAGAAUUAAGGAAGAAAGAUAGGUUUUUAAUCCUUCCAGCGCGUUCUAUGAGUAUCAAAAAUAACAAGUCGCUGGUGAUUUUCUGUGGUAUCAAGGCCCUGUUUCAAAUCCAUCUAGGAACAAAUGAAAGCCCAAAUCAUUAAAAUAUGCCCAAUUGCCUGCAUGCGUCAGAUCUCAUGUAUAGAGAUGUGACGCCUUCUCUUUUCCCAAGUCUAUUCCAAGAAAUGUAAAAACAAAAUAAUAAAUCAACUGUGCCGAAGCCCGUUUUUAACGCCGAUGUAUGCCGUGAUGAAAAGGACUCAGUACUUUUUUGCCCCAAAAAACCGUUGCGCCAAACAGAAAAAAAAUGUACGCUGAGAAAAAGAAACACAAAAUGCAUGCCAGAGAGGCAUGAGAAAUAUGGCGACUGCUCGGAAGCUGUCGCGGAGUCGUAUGAUUCGAUGCUGACAUAUCAAGCUGCUCAGGAGCGAGAUAUAUCAAGUGUGUGUCGUGUCGCUUAAGCGAGGGCGUUCUGGCGGGCGCGUUCUUCGGCAAAGACGAUGCGGCUCAUCUCAAGAACACGCUCGAAGCCCUCCUUGCCCUUGAGAGCGUUCUCCUUGAAGCGAGUAACCAGAGUAUCCUCAAUCUUGUUCUUGAUGCGCUGCCAGCCGCCGCAGAGGGCGGUAAUGCGAGCGCUCUGAACAAACUGCGUCUGCUGGCCGUUGUCACCGAAGGGCUUGUAGAUGACCUCCUCCUGAACGUUGACGAGGUUGCUCCAGGUCAAGUUCUGGCUGACCAUGGUGACGGUGCGGUUGGCAGGGUCAACGUAGCUAGCCUCGUAGACGAAGCUCUCCUCCAUGGAGCCCAUGAUGGACUGCAGCCAUUGGGGGGCAGACUGUCUGCAGGUAAUAAGACGCUCGGUGCGAAGGAUGCCGGUAUCAGGGUCGACAGAGCGGGAGAGGGUGUCGACGGCAAUGACGUGCUCGGACUUGUUGUUCCACGGGCCAUACUUGCGCCAGUUGGCCGUGGAAACCUCGUCCCACGAGUAAUCGUAGGUGACUGUGUUGUCGAAGACCUUCAUUGUGAAGAUAUAUAUAUAUGUGUGUGUGUUGUUUAUAUGCAAAAGAAGCCCCGAAAAAAAAACGAUGCUUCGCAGCGCGUUCGUUCGAAUCUGUCAAUGGCAAAAACAGAAACUGUGUCGGGCGAUUCGCUUUCUAAUUAUUACUUUUCCUUUUCCGUCGAUAAAAAACAAGAAAAGAAAAGAAACAACAAAACGCAGCAAAGGAGCUGGUGGUUAGUAAAGAGCCGUGAUGCUAUGGAUGAGAAAGAAGCCGAAGAGAGGAGAAGGAAAAAAAGAGGCGAGUGCGGGUUUUUCAGGAGGCGGAGCUUUCCCUCAGGCACGCACCAUGUGAAGGGCGAAAUAAAGCCGACAGGGUUUUUUUUUUUUUAGUGGUAGCCUCGUGUAAAGUGGCACUGACGCGAGAAAAAAUAAAGGGCUGGCUGCCGGUUCGACCCGUGUCCACCACUGUAAGCCGGACUUUACAGUGGACGUAGGGGGAUUACAGCGGUGUUUGGCCGGGG